CCUCUCACACUCUGAGCAGGUCCGAGGGCUCGAACACACGGUAACCGCGCGGAUUAAUAACACGCGCACACACAAGCCCGUUAAACGCGCAUUUGUGUGCUGUUUAUAAUCGGGAGGACGCUAAACACCCAAAAAGGAUACUGUUUAAUAUAGCUGCACGAGUUUUAUGGUAUCACGGAGACACAAACGAGACAAAAUAAUCACAUCACUAAAUCGGAGCUUCGCAAAUAAUAUUGGACCAAACUCACCGCUCAACACUGGACGUUUGAUGGAUUUACUGAUGCCUCGUUCUUUCUGUAUAGUGUUAUUGCAUUAGCCGAUCGAGAUUUGGAGUAAAUACCGUAUAUAUGGUCUAAAACAUAUACUCUUGCACUUUUGAGACACUGUUGGUCCCGUAUGUGAAUAUAUUUUUGCAAGAAGUGUUUCAGCGGACGUCGAUUGGACUGAUCUCUGACCAUGCACAAGGGCUUCGGCUUUAGUUUUACUCGCUUCUGUAGUUCCUGAUCUCUUCUGGGAAUAGCUGGGAUGUCUGGGAUGGAUCCAUCUCUGUGUUAAAGCUCUAUGCGAAGUGUACGGUCGUGGAUCAGCUGUUGCCUUGAGGAAUCGAGUCCGACCUGAUCAUGUACGAGAGCGUGGAUGUGAACCCUUUCCUCAUGAUGGAUUACUAUAAUCAGAGCAGAGGAUGUCUGAUCCCGGACAAGAUGCCCCAUCCCUUCAGCUCAUCCAUCAGACAUCAGCACUGGAGCGGAUCCAACCACUCAAUCGAGACCCAGAGUACGAGCUCAGAGGAGAUUGUCCCGAGCCCACCGUCUCCGCCUCCUCCUCCCCGCGUCUACAAGCCCUGCUUUGUGUGUCAGGACAAAUCUUCAGGGUACCACUAUGGCGUCAGUGCCUGUGAGGGCUGCAAGGGCUUCUUCAGGCGGAGUAUCCAGAAGAACAUGGUCUACACGUGCCACAGAGAGAAGAACUGCAUCAUCAACAAAGUCACCCGCAACCGCUGUCAAUACUGCCGGCUGCAGAAGUGCCUGGAAGUGGGGAUGUCCAAAGAAUCGGUGAGGAAUGACAGGAAUAAGAAAAAGAAAGAAGAGAAAAAGCCCGAAUGCACAGAAAACUACACGCUGAGCCCAGACACAGAGCAGAUGAUUGACAGAGUCAGGAAAGCCCACCAAGAGACCUUCCCCUCGCUGUGUCAACUCGGCAAAUACACCACGAGUAACAGCUCGGAGCGGCGCGUCUCACUGGACGUGGAUCUGUGGGACAAGUUCAGCGAGCUCUCGACCAAGUGCAUCAUAAAGACGGUGGAGUUCGCCAAGCAGCUGCCAGGAUUCACCACCCUCACCAUCGCAGACCAGAUCACACUGCUGAAGGCCGCUUGCCUCGACAUACUGAUUCUGAGGAUCUGUACCCGCUACACACCUGAGCAAGACACCAUGACGUUCUCUGAUGGGUUAACGCUGAACCGAACGCAGAUGCACAACGCCGGCUUCGGCCCGUUAACAGACCUGGUGUUUGCCUUCGCCAAUCAGCUACUACCGCUAGAGAUGGAUGACGCAGAGACAGGGCUGCUCAGUGCUAUUUGUCUGCUCUGUGGAGAUCGGCAGGACCUGGAGGAAGCUGAUAAAGUGGACAUACUGCAGGAACCGCUGCUGGAAGCACUGAAGAUCUACGUGAGGAACAGGAGGCCACACAAACCUCACAUGUUCCCGAAGAUGCUGAUGAAAAUUACCGACCUGAGGAGCAUCAGCGCCAAGGGGGCAGAGCGUGUGAUUACCCUGAAGAUGGAGAUUCCCGGCUCCAUGCCUCCUCUCAUCCAGGAGAUGUUGGAGAACUCUGAGGGUUUGGAGAGCUCUUCAGGCGGGAUCAGUUCACGGGCCUCCGGCGCUCCUCCAGGCAGCUGUAGCCCCUCCCUUUCGCCAAGCUCCGCCCAGAGCAGCCCACCCACACAGUCGCCAUGACGCUCAUCGGUGCUGCCCUCAGUAGCCACUUACCGACUACUGUGUGCCCUCCCCGACAUGACAGCGGACAUGUUCAAAAGCACGCGCUCAUCUGCCGUGUUCCUCAGAGACUAAGGGGGGGGGUCAAAGGUGUGUCGCCGGAAUUUUGUUGUUUUCUUUCCUCAGAUCAGACUGUGAUUGUAUUCCUCCUCGAUUUCGCCACUCCGAAGGGAGGAAGACCGCUGGAGGGCGAAGACAAAACGCGCAAAAUUUAUGGACAAACGUGUAGAAGGAAUCAAAGACUUUUCUUCUGUUUCGAUUCUCAUGGCUUGGGCUUCUGUUUCAAAUGACCAGAGACUGAUUUCCUACAAACUAAAUAUAUAUAUAUAUAAAUAUAUAGAGAGGAAAAAAAACGUGGAAUGUCUGUGAUUGAGAACAGAAUGCAAUGCGGACUUGAUGUAAAGAUGCAAAUGAAUUUCCUCAUUUUCUUUCUCUUUACGCCUGUGAAUAGGCAGAGAGUGAAUUGUUUUAUUUCAGACUGAUGAUGAUGUUUUUCAUGGAGAAGAAAAAAAACAUUGAAAGGACUAUUAAUUUCCACUCACAAAAUUGUGCACAGAAGAUAUAAAAAUGUCGCAACAAACA